AUGGGCGAUGAUGUCAUCAUUGCCUUAAAACGCAGCCGGACAGAAGGAUAUGACGGAACUGCAAUUCCGACGGUUACGCUGGAAGAGGACCGAUCAGAAGAAUCAGCCGCACAGGAAGAGAAUCAACCAACGUACUAUGCUUAUUAUGUGGUCGACAUCAAUAUUCUGAUCAAUGCCCAGACAUCGUCGAUCCAGCAAGAAGAAAAGAAUACCUUCACCAUAAGGAACGAUGCAUUAAAUGUCUAA